AUGUUUACUCACCCGGCCUCACCUCUAUCUCGGCUGCCCAUCCUCGCCCUCGCAGCUCUUGCCGCGAGUCAGACCGUCGUGGUCACCGUCGGGCCCUCCAUCCCAUCCCAGGCGCCCGAGUUCGUCGACCAGGCCACCUUCACCUCGGCCAUCCUCAACAGCACCAACGUCUACCGCGCCGAGCACAACGCGUCGGACGUGAGGUGGAACCAGACGCUGCAGGACUACGCCUCAGAUUACCUGGACAGCACGUGCGACUUCAAGCACUCGGGCGGACCCUACGGCGAGAACCUGGCCAUCGGCUGCGCGAACGCCACGUCGUGCGUCGAGGCCUGGGGGGACGAGGGGGAUGAUUACAACUACCGUGACGGCAAAUUCUCCGAGAAGACUGGGCACUUCACCCAGCUGGUGUGGAAGGACACCACGGAUGUGGGCUGUGGCCAGAAGCUGUGCGGCGACGAUGGCUGGUAUCUCGUGUGCGAGUACUGGCCUAGGGGCAACGUCAUAGGCGACUUUGACCAGGAGGUUGACAAACCCGAGAAUACAGCCGUGAGCGUACGUCCGACUUGCUCUACUCUGGUUAUAAUGGCUGUUGCAUUCUGGAUUCUGUCAUGA